AUGGCUGGUCCAGAAGAUAAGAGAAGGCCCGCUGCACUCAACCUCACUGCUGCUCGACCUGGUACCUCCGAAUCCUCGUCCUCAGACGGCUCUCUCAAGCCUCGAACUCCUCGAUUCGCCGAAGCAACUUCAGUACAUUCUCCUGUUGAAGCUCGAUCCCCCUUCGCCGAUCCUGACGAAUCCCACGUAGCUCAACCUCAACCUGCCGACGUGGGCUUUGGCUAUAUAGCCCAGCGAGAAUCCAUUCCCGUCCCCAUGACUCCCAAGACCCCCCUCAAGAGCGCCAUGAAGGUACCCGGAACACCUGCUCACCUAAGGAACCCUAUGAGCCCAACGUUCCGCGAGGAGGAUAUUCUGGAGAAACGUGAGCAGUCGACUGACAAGGAGCAAGCGCGCGAUGUGAAAAUUAAAGCCCGCGUCCGAUUGGCCAAAUUCGCUCUCAGAGGUGUCAACUUCAGCUGCUCUCUCAUCAUUCUUUCCAUGCUUUCGGCCUCGUUCACUAUCUUUAACGCUACCAGGGCCUUGCCUGAUCAGAGCAAGAUGCCCUCGUGGGCCAAGGACACAAGGUCUUGGCCCCAAAAGCUUGUUCUAUCUAUGGCCUGUGUCUCUCUCGCUGCUUGUAUCAUUGUCUUCAUCUCCUACUGCCGAGGCGGUCACAGACGUGCCGAGAAAGUUGGAACCUACUACACCAUGUUUGCCAUUGGAUGGUUCAUUCUUUCUCUGCUCCUUUGGGUCAUCACAGCCGUCAUAUUCCAAAACUCAAGAAACAACAGCGGCAAUCAGGACAUGUGGGGUUGGUCUUGCGUCAACAACCACCGAUCUGAAGUCUUCGGUGACAAGGUCGACUAUGCCCUCGUCUGUCGUCUUCAGAACUGGGCCAUGAUCUGCAUUAUCAUUGAGAUCGUCGUCGAGGUUCUGUGUAUCCUACUCUACAGCGUCGUGUUCUACCGCUACUACACCAAGCGACGCCUUUUCAAGUCCAUGGACAUGCGAGACCGUGCCCGAUCCGAUCUCUAUCUUGCCCAGCUCCGCAGCCAGUCUGCUCCCAACACUCCCGGUUUCGGUCCCAAGUCUCCCGCUCUCAGCGCCUAUGCCAUGUCUCCCCGUCAUCCUCCCGCCGCCUACCGAAACCUGUCCGACAUUAGCGAGAACCCCAACACUAGCCCCAGUCCCUUCACGCCUGGCAUCCAAUUUGCUGAGCCCAAGUCUCAGUUCGCUCCUCAGGAAACUGGCUUCAAGCUUCAGGCUCCUCCUACGAAGGCCCCUUCUGCUACCCCCAAGCUGAAUCAGUCCGGUUUCACGCCCACGGAAUCCUCGCCUCCCAGCAUUCCUACCCUCCACGUCUCAGAACACGCUCCAGUAAGCUCUGAGGAACCCACAUAUGAUGCUGUCCCCAUCCCCGGUGCCUAUGCCGGCCAGGCCAUCAGGAGUCCUCCUCCUACGCAAACACACUUUGGCCAAAGCUAUUAUUAG